AUGUUGAGAGAUAUGCGACUACAUAAACGUCUUUCGUUUGGUGUUGAUGAUCUCAUCCCGCCAGCGACGCUAAAUGGUGAUUUUAUGCAGCACAGAGAUCCGGCGGAUUCGAUUCGGAUUUUGGCGAUUUGGGCCCUGCUUCUGCAUUGUCCUUCUGUUGUUCGAUGUCUUUGCGCGUUCUCUGAUCAACCUGUCGCGUUCUCUUUGGUGCUGUCAAGAUUGGCAAAGUCGUUGGCUCGAGAGUCGCAUGACUGGUUCUUCUACGAGGAAUCGUUGCUGAAACUCGCCGAUUCACUGUCGAAUUCGGCGGUGGCAUUGGUCUCAAAAGUACACAAAGUCUCACCUAACAAGGCUUAUCGACUACUCUGCCAACCGCUCGAG